AUGAAGCGCUUCGAGACUACAGCAGAAAACGAACCGGGCAAAGGCAUUUUGAUAUGUUCAUGUUACAACCAAUGUUCGAAAUUUGAGCGUAUUCAUGCUCAAUAUCCACUCAAAUUCAUUCCUACCACGGGCCAUGCAGAUCGUCUCGCCGUCGUGUACAUGUUGAGUUACGGUGGUGGAGUCAUCAGUGGCGACACUUUUUCCAUCGACAUGACCGUUAAUACAGACGCUAUCCUGCUGUUAAUGACACAAGGCAACACCAAAAUCUUCAAGGAUCGAGUGCACCAGAGACUUUGGUUGGCGUCUUUGCAACAACAGCAAUCCAGUGCACCCACCAUCUCGUUCUCCAACUUGCUACCCUCAUUAGACACCAUCACAGGCUUAUUCAAGACACCACAACCACCUAAAAAAGUGGCGCCUUCGAUCCAAAUCAUCAACUCUGUCGUAGCAUCACAAGCAACGCUGCUGGUGGUCCCUGAUCCCGUCACUUGUUUCCGCGAUUCAUCGUUUCAAUCCAGACAAUUAUUCAAAUUAGAAGACGAUACAUCCCAGUUGGUCUUGUUGGAUUGGUUUACAAGCGGCCGCAUUACGCGUGGUGAAAGCUGGUCCUUUCGUCAUUAUUCCAGUCGAAUCGAUAUCAAAAUUGCAGAAAAGUGGGUCAUCAAGGACGCCAUGGUGCUGGAGGACGAGGACUAUAUGAAACGACUGGAUCCUCGAGUAGAGGAUGAAACAGCUUAUGCCGCACGUCUUAAGCCGUACCUCUGUUUUGCCACUUUGGUGAUGAUUGCCAAACCAGGCAGUCCUUUGAUCAAGAGCGUAGAUCGGAUUCAACGCAAAUCUGAAGAAAUGCGAUUACUGCCAUUAACAUUGAAAUCUGAAGAAGAUAGAAAAGUGUUGUGGUCUGUGAGUCCCCUAUUGAAAGGAAGAGGCGUGUUGGUGCGUGUGGCUGGUAUGACGACAGAGCAAGUAAGAGAUUUUGUCAAAUACGAGUGUUUGGAAGAAGGAUUAAAUGGCAUUAUUGGCGAUGGCAUGUUUAGUAAAGUGCUCAUGUAG